UGUACGCAUACUCUACGCCGCUGCCACAAAUACUAUGUGAUUGUGACGUGCAAGAAAAUGGAUGCUAAAAUGUUCCUGAUCCUGGUGAUUUUACUCGCAACCAAAUCCACUACGGCCCAGCUGCAACUUGAGAAGAUUGCUGUUGGCGCCAUCUUUGACCAGAACACUGAGGAGAUACAGAAUGUGUUCAAGUACGCGAUGACUGUUCACAACCAGAACAUCAGCAGUCGACGCUUCGAGCUUCAAGCGUAUGUUGACGUCAUCAAUACAGCUGACGCCUUCAAGCUAUCGAGGCUGAUCUGCAACCAAUUCGCGAGAGGAGUGUUCGCAAUGCUGGGCGCCGUCACACCUGAGUCGUUUGACACGCUACAUUCCUACACCAACACCUUCCAAAUGCCGUUCGUUACGCCGUGGUUCCCUGAGAAGGUCAUACCCCCUUCUUCUGGUCUAAUAGACCACGCUGUGAGCAUGCGGCCCGACUACCAUCGAGCCAUCGUCGAUACUAUCAUGCAUUAUGGAUGGAAAGAAAUAAUUUACUUGUAUGACUCCCAUGACGGGUUACUGCGUCUCCAGCAACUGUAUCAGACGAUGCAGCCUGGGAAGACGGCGUUCAAAAUAUCGCUAGUGAAACGUAUUAACAACGCGUCCGACGCGAUGGAGUUCCUGCUAGCUUUAGAACAGUACGACCGAUGGAGUAACAAAAGAAUUGUACUAGAUUGCAACGCAAAAAACGCUAAAAGUAUACUCGUCGAACAUGUACGUAAAGUGCAAUUGGGGCGCAGGACAUACCACUAUAUGCUCAGUGGACUGGUUAUGGACGAUCACUGGGAGAAUGAAGUGACCGAGUACGGAGCAGUCAAUAUUACCGGCUUUCGAAUUGUGGACCACUCACGGAAGAUUGUUCGCGAUUUCAUGGAUGGUUUGCGACGAAUGGAUCCCAGGUUCAAAGGAACCGUAUCGGCCCAAACUGCUCUCAUGUACGACGGUGUGCAAGUGCUAAUGGAUGCACUCGGUAGGCUUUGGAGAAAAAAGCCAGAUGCCUUCCGCAGCGCACUACGAAGAGCAGCAGCUCAAGCCAACUCCACCAAGGUCAUUGACUGCAACCCUGGGAAAAGCUGGGUGGUACCGUUCGAGCAUGGCGACAAGAUAUCCAGGUUGAUAAAGAAGACCGAUAUCGAAGGUUUGACUGGCAACAUUUCCUUCAACGAAGAGGGUCAUCGGUACAACUUUACCCUGCAUGUCGUUGAAAUGACCGUUCAAAGCGCCAUGGUGAAGGUGGCCCAAUGGAACGACAAGCAGGGUCUGACUCUGGUAUCACCAAAAUAUAUACAGCUUCACUCACCAGUGUCAUUCGAGACGAACCGAUCUUAUAUAGUUACGACGAUAAUACAAGAACCCUUCCUAAUGGUGAAGCCAGCAGAGUUUGGGCAGAAGGAAGACCAAUAUCAGGGCUUCUCGAAAGACCUAGCUGAUUUGCUGGCAAAGAAAUUAGGAAUCAAAUAUGAGUUACGACUGGUGAAAGAUGGAAAAUUCGGUUCUGCUACGACUGAUGGUUGGACUGGGAUGAUCGGAGAAAUUUUGCGAAAGGAGGCCGACAUAACGGUGGCACCUCUCGCCAUCACUGCCGAGAGGGAGAGAGUAGUGGACUUCAGCGAGCCGUUCCUGUCGAUCAAAACCCCGAUGAUCAUGACGAAGGCACCCAAACCACGAACAGACAGUUUCAGCUUCUUGCGUCCACUGUCUAAGGAGAUUUGGCUCUGCGUGAUCUUCAGUUUCUUCGCCGUCAGCGUAGUGUUGUUCCUUGUAUCGAGAUUCUCCCCACAUGAGUGGCGGUCGGUGGCGAUAUCUGACAGUCAUCUGGACCAUCCAAUCAGCAGCACCAAUGAGAUAAUCUUACACAACGAAUUCAGCAUCUGGAAUUCAUUUUGGUUCUCGCUGGGAUCGUUCAUGCAACAAGGCAGCGAUGUCGUACCACGAUCCCUGUCAGGGCGGAUAGUUGGCACGGUUUGGUGGUUUUUCGCCCUGAUUCUCGUGUGCUCGUACACCGCCAACCUCGCAGCGUAUCUCAUCGUAGAACGUAUCUCAGAACCGGCACAGAAUCUCUACGAGAGACAAACUGAAGAAAUGUUUCCAGUGAAAGACGACGUGCUUAAAGGUUUCGAGAAGAACGACGAAGCAAUCUCAGAUUUCAGUCAGGAUGAGUGCAAUCGUCGCUCCUGCAGAUACCGACAUGUCAACUUCGCGAUUGCCACCGCUAAAAUGUCGCCGUUGAGUGAAGGAAUCAACUUGGCUAUUGUGAACAUGAAAGAUGAUGGCACUAUUGGAAAGCUAUGGAAGAAAUGGCUCGCGACCACUAACAAGGCAGACUGUGAACUCGCGAAGGAAGAGGAAACAACCAUAUCAGAGAUGACCUUGAGCCAAGUGGCUGGGAUAUUCUAUGUUCUCGUCGGUGGACUCGCUGUGGCUUUAGGCGUAGCUCUUCUAGAGUUCUGUCAGCACGGUCGAGCCGAGGCAGCACGGUCUAACGUACCCCUACGUACGGCUCUACGGGCUAAGGCCAAGCUUGCCUCUCGUACGGACCGUAAGACCCCGCCGCAUCGUUUGCACCGUGACCAAGACCGUCUGGGAUGGAACGGGGCCGCUUUUGCUGGGUAUUUCCCGGCUGGCAACCAAAUCUCUCAGGAGGAUGGGGUGCACGCAAGCUUUACACACGUCUGAUCUUCGGAAAAGGGUGGCGCUAACGUUAGCCGCUCUUCAAGUACUAAAAUACCUAACAACGUCGAUCUUUAUCAACU